AUACUAUCAUUUUACAAACAUAACAAAAAUCCAGUUCCUAGGUCGUGUAGUGACGUCAUCUUCAGGGGACCCUUUGCUGGCUGACAGCAACAGAAAGGUAGCUAACGUUACCGCGUAAAGGUCUACAACUGUUUAUUCGCUCGUUGACAAAGGGGCUAGCUUCGGUCUGGAAGUCGUGACAGCAUGGCGGCCGCUGCAGCGUCAAUGUGGGAUGAGCACCAGGCCUAUGAGGAGCUGCUGUACUGGGACAGCCUGAUACAACAGGGCCACCGGCUCCUCCCACAUGAUUUUGACAGAUACGAGGAUCUGCGUUACUGGUAUGACUGCCUGUGCUACGAGGAGGAGCUGAGACAAUACCAUCACUACAUCGCUGCUAUCGAGGAGAUUGAGGACGAACGGCAUCAUGAGGAAGCUGCAGCCCCUCAGGUGCACACAGGGCCAUAUGAUCGCCACGUGAUGGCCAAACACUCUGAAGUGUAUCCGUCACCAGAGGAGCUGGAGGCGGUGCAGACAAUCGUCUCCCAUGUGGAGUGUGCCCUUAAGACUGUGUCUGACCAGAUAGAUACUCCAAAAGGUGAAAAAGAAAGUACAGAGGCAGGGAGUGGGGAUUCCCAAGAGCGUGUCCUGCGUGGGGUUAUGAGGGUCGGCCUGGUGUCCAAGGGACUCCUGCUGAAGGGAGACAAGGACCUGGAGCUGGUGCUGCUUUGCUCCAACAAGCCUACUAUCACUCUGCUUAAACAAGUAGCUGAAAAGUUAACUGCACAGUUAGAGGUGAGUUCAGUGGGAGCUUAUACAGUAAGCCAGUGUCCAGGAGAUGCUGCCAUUGUUGUGACAAGCACCAAGGAGUCAGUCCUGACUCUCACUAUCCACCUGACAUCACCGCUUGUCAGAACGGAGCAAGAGAGCAAAACUGAAGAAGAAGAAGAAGAAGAAGAAGAAGAAGUAGAAACGCGAACAGUCAACGAUCCGCCAGACGUUCUGGACACGCAGAAAUGCCUAUCUGCCUUGGCGUCUCUCCGCCACGCCAAGUGGUUCCAGGCCAAAGUCAAUGACCUGAGUUCUGCCGUAGUCGUGAUCCGGAUCAUGAGAGAUUUGUGUAACCGCGUUCCUACCUGGGCGCCACUCUCAGGAUGGCCUCUUGAGCUGCUGGUAGAGAAGGCUAUUGGUACAUCUGAGAGACCAAUGGGAGCAGGCGAGUCAUUGCGCAGGGUUUUGGAGUGUGUUGCAUCUGGAAUUCUCUUGGAAGAUGGCCCUGGAAUUAAAGAUCCAUGUGAGAAGGAAACUGUCGACGCCACUGCAAAUCUGACUCUGCAGCAGCGGGAAGACAUCACGCAGAGUGCUCAGUUUGCCUUGAGGCUGUGUGCAUUUGGACAGAUGCACAAGGUGUUGGGGAUGGACUUCAAACCUAUAAAGCCACGGAAAUCAGUGGGAGCCAGCAGCAAAGAUGGCACAGCCCAGAUACCACCUGCUGGACACUUCAGCCUGCCAACUAAGAGAACUUACACAGAGGUGGAGAAAGGAGAGGAGGAGCCUCAUCUCAACAGCAAACAGAGGAAGUCUCUCAAGUUCCAGAAGCGCUUUCAGAGGAAAUCUUUCACAGAUGAUUUUAGUAUGAAUGCUGUGAUGCGCCUGAACCAGUACAGACCUGGCCUGGAGUACCGACUUACAUCUCAGACUGGUCCAGUCCAUGAGCCGGUCUUCACAAUGGCUGUGGACUUAAAUGGAAAGACCUACGAGGCAACAGGGCCCUCCAAACGAGCUGCCAAGCUUAAUGUAGCCACCAAGGUCCUGCAGGAUCUCGGUCUUCCGACAGGCUCAGAAUCUAAGUCAGAGUCGAUUGGUGACAUUGAAGGAACCCUGGAAUUAGUAAAACCUGCUACCACAGCCUCUACUACAUCAGAAGACAGUGGCCAGGGUCCUAUCUUGACCAAAAAUGGCAAGAAUCCUGUGAUGGAGCUGAACGAGAAGCGCCGCAGCCUGAAGUACGAGCUGUCUGCAGAGACGGGGGGCUCCCAUGAAAAGUGCUUUGUCAUGGAGGUGGAGGUUGAUGGGCAGAAGUUCAAAGGGAGAGGCUCCAAUAAAAAGGAAGCAAAGGCCUACGCUGCCCUCGCUGCUCUGGAGAAGCUGUUCCCAGAAGACAAUGGAGUGUCAAACAGCAAUAGAAAUUCUUCAAAGAAGAAGGUCACCUACACCGACAUGCACAUCCCAGGGUUCGGCACAAUCCGUGGCAUUCCUUCAGACUCCGGGUCUCGUGGCUGGGGUCCCAACAGAGGUCGAGGCAGGGGCCGAGGCAAACCGUUUCCUCCAGGACCCAGCUAUAACAAGACCAACUACAGUUAUGAGAGCAGCACUGGCACAGGCUAUCAUAAACUGUAUGGUAAUAAUGCAGCCAGCAUUCCAGCCAUAGGCACUGGCUCCCCGGGAUCAGGCAGCAACAUUGGCUACGGCACCUUUUACCCGGAGAGCAACACCUACUCCUCCCCACCCGUCUCCAGCUCCGACUCCAGCACUAAAGGAGAAAGCUACCAGUCGAUGCCUCCUCCCGCCGACCAGGAGAGCCCCUACAGCUACGGGUAUGGCGAUGAGAAGAAGAAGAUGCUGACCCAAGGUCAGAAUGAGGCCCAGGGCCAGGGCCAGGGCCAGGGCCAGGGCCAGGGCCAGGGAGACUACUCAAUGUACAGCACAGCUUACCCUAGCUCAGUGACAGGUGGCCAAGUGUAUAAUAAUUAUGGCUGGGGAAACCAGUCGUCCUGGGGGAAUCAGCAGGGGUAUGGCAUGUACCAGGGUUUCGGUGGACAAAACCAGGGCUCAUACUCUGGAUACAGCGACAUGAAUUACUAAUCAUCACAUCGUGUACAGCCUUUCUCACCUCAUUAUUCCAUCUUUUGACUCUGACUCUGUCCUCCCUCGAUGUUGAUCCUGGGAUACCACUUCUGAAAACAAAAAGUGAUUGUGUUUUCCCUGAAACUGGAAUUUUGCUGUUUUUUGUUUUAUUUUCACCUCACUUGUUAGUUCUUGGACAUCUGGUAAAAACAAUUGUUGGUGACAAAUGCAGGCUUAUCUUCUGAUUAAAGUCUGCCUGUUUUCUUUUUAACUGCAACAUGCCUCAUCAUGUCCGUGUUGACAUGAGUGUAAAAAAACAUCCCUUGUUUAUCAUUAUGUCUUGUUUCUAGGGUUGUUGUGUUUUUUAAAAGAGUGUACUGGUUCUGUAUCAGUAUGUUAUGGUUUUAUUCAAAGCUGCUUGUAGUUUUGAACUGAAGCUUUAUUUGUUUCUGUGUUACAUAAAAUGCUCUAAUCUUUCUUGUAGAAUAAAUGACUUUUAUUUUGGAGCAAA